AAGCAGCAUCCGUGGACGUGGCUGGUAGCAAGACGAGCAGCGAGGCGUCGAAGUUCGUCCCAUCGACGUCGUCAUCGAGCGUCGACGCCAGGAUGGUCGCUUCGACGCAUAAUCUCGACGACCUGGGCGUCAGCCACCCGGCCAGCGUGAGCAGCGACCGUCAGCAGCAGCACGGUCACGCUUAUAGGUCAGCGCAAACUGCUCAGGACAAGAGGAGCAGGUUGAGCAACGUGAUAAACAACCUGCGGAAGAAGGUCCCUGACUCCAGAAGCGGUGACUCCCCGAGGAAGGAGGAAGACGGGAGGAACAGCGUGGAGAGAAACCUUGAGACCCUGGAGAAGUACGUGAUGACGGUGCUGAACGGUGUGAUAAAGGACGAGGAGGAGGCGGAGGAGGAGGGCAACAGGAAAACUGAGGCCGAGAAGGGUAAAGAGGCUGAGAAGCAGCAACCGGAGGACCAAGAGGACGAGGACUCGAAGGGUCCGGCUGCGAAGUUCGAGCCUUCAAAGCCGAACGAGAGUAGAACUGAGGCUGCAGUCUUCCUGUCUACGCAGUCCGAUAAACCGGACGGGAUGGAAGCCUGCUCGGAGCAACAGAAAGUCGAGGCCAGGUCCGAAGUCUCGUUAAGGAACGAAGAGUCUUGCUGCGCGAAGGACGCUGCGAUGGACGGUGUUAGUAAAGAGAAAGAGUCCUUGAAGGUAGAAGAGGACAAGGCUCGCGUUAAGUGUUCUUCCAAAGAAACUAAAUCCGAGGAACAGGAGGCGAGGGACGACGGUCAGGAAGAUGAGAAGAAGGAGAAUCGUUCCCUGGGGACGAUCAUUAUGGAGAGGCUGAGCGAGAACCAGACCGAGGAGAAGGCGAACGUGGAUCCUGGUAAGGAGGACAGGGAGUUCGAAAAUGUGGAACUGAGAAACAUCUGUAGAGACUUGUUGAACGAUUUGUUGAACGGUAUCAAUCAGCUGAUCGACGAGAGUAAACAAGAAAAAGAAGAGACCUCGGACGGUUCCACGGAGGAAUCUCGGAGUCAGGAUCAGAUCUCCACGACGAGUCUGCAUUGCAGUCUACCUUUAGACAAAGUAGCGUCCGUGUUACAAAAUUGUCAAACGAGCGAGACCACCGCCGCUCCUCCUCCUCCUCCUCAGUCGCCUUCGUCUUCUCAGGGCUCCAAGUCUCCCAGCAAGCCGCCUUCUCCUACAGUCAGGCACCUGUGCCUUUACUGCGAUCGGAAGUUCAUGUCGAUAUCUCUCAGGCAGCGGCACACCGAGAGGGUCCAUCAGCAAGGCGGCGGCAGGAGGUCGGAAAGAAACUCGAGGAAACCUUCGCAGAAUUGUCAGUACUGCUCGGACAAAUGCACGGAGAGUUUGGAGAGCCUGUUCCAGCACAUGGUCGGCAGCCACAGCGACAAGUACCACGGCUGUCUGCAGUGUUCCACCAGGUACCUCACCAGAGAGGCUCUGACGGUUCACGUGAACGAGACUCAUAGCGCCAGUGCGGAGAGGGUUCAAGAGAAGAAGGAACCCUCGUCGUGCAAGGAACCAGGCAACCAAAGUCCCAAGGAGUCCGACCUCGAGCAUCGAGCCGAGUCCACGUUGCUGAAACCCGUGCUCCAGAUCAAAGACAACUUCAGCAACCCGGGCAGUCCGGAGUUCGACAGUUCCUUCUACAGCAGCGUUAGCUGCAACAUCCGCGAGAACCUCCUCCACCAUUUGGACGGGAAACUUCAAAGCUCGUCGACGGUCACUUCCAUGGUAGACACGAAAUCGCAGCAGCAACAGCCGCAACAGUCUUUCUACGAGCACAACGCGAUCCAGUCUAUCGACAUUUCAUUAACAGCUGCCACGCCGGUCUACUCCAAAGAGUACGCCGAAGAGUAUGAGAACAACAGUGAAUACGCCCAGAAGCCUGGGAAGAGUUGCAGGUCCCAUCCGAGGAGAGUGUCCUUUGAAAAGUACAACUUCCCGCGGAAGUACGACGGCAAGGAACAGUGGACUUGUUCCAUAAAGGACCUGAGCAAAUUCGACAUUUCAACGCAGUUGUCUAUACGGAAGAAGCAGCAGGUGUUGAAAGAGAGGCUCGGUCUGAACAGGUUGCACCAGAUCCCGAUCUUGGGACCAUCCGAGACCACGGAGAUCCAGGAGAAUCAGAGCGAGCCGGAGCAGACAUCGUCCGAGACUACCAGUCCGGACGUGGACGAGAUGUCGCAGAUAGAAGACAGCAGCGAUGCCACCGAGUUCACCAUGGAGUUCGGUAAUUUCCUGAGGCUGAGGAAGUGGGACGAGAAGAUGACCACGGAGGCGAGCAGGAAACAGGAGGUCGUCUACGCGGAGCUGACCGGCGAGUGGUCCAGGCCGAGGAUCUACGUCUGCGGCGCGUGUGCAUCGAAGCAUGUGACGCUGAAAGAAAUGGAGGACCAUAAGGCGGCUUCGCACCCGAACGUCUGGUGUUCGCAUUUCGAGUUCUCGGGCGAUCAGAGGGAGUUGUACAAGCACCUGUUCCUGCCGGGAAAGGACGUGGCCACGGCUAAGGCGAGAGCGGCCAACCUGGCGGAGAAGGUGUGCACCAAGUGUUCCAAGAACUGUACCACUCUACCGGAGUUGCACAGGCAUAUGUUAGAGUGCGGGGGUGACCAGGCGUGGCUGUUAGGGUUGUUCGGUAACGGGAAGAAAAAGUGCAAGUGGAGGCCGUUCGGCAGCCGUAGCAGGCGACGCAGGCAGCGGGGGAUGAAGAGGAACAUUCAGAACUCGCAGACUCCCAGGGUGAAUCAACCUAAAGAGAAACAGCCGACGGGGCCCAGGGUCAGGCCCAGCGACAGAGAGAGUAUCCAGAAGAUGCUGGCGAACCUGCCUCCCAAAAGGGCUACGAGGAAGGUGUUGCAGGAGAGCACGAUGAGGACACAGGGUAGACUUCGCAACGUGCAAACCAGAACGAGGCGAAUGGUGGUGGGCGACAAUUCCAGCGCCUCGCGUAUGUCCCGGAACAAGGCCGUUCUGAGGAACAAGUUGCUGAAGAACGCCAAGUCAAUCCAGCGGCAUCGUUGCCGGAUCGACAACAUAUCGGCGGUGAUCGAGAGCGUCGUGAUGAACUACGCGGCCGAUGAGAAGACGCCUGGCGACGUGAACCCCGAGAGGAACGACCUAGAGAAAGAUACCAAAGAGAAGUCCGACGAAGCGGCCGCCUCUGCGAACGGGGAUGAGAAAAGAGCGAAGAGCAGAGGACCCAGGGUAUUGGGCAAGAAGAGAAACGUGAAGACAAAAGAGAACGCUGUUAAAAGCUUGGAUCAAGGGAAGAAACCGGGUGCACUUAAGGCUAAGAUUAAAACGUUGAAAAACACGUUGGAGGCGAGCGGGGAUUCUAGCGAAUCUGCCAAGGCUAAAUGGUCUCCUAAGGACGAGAAGGAGGCAAGAGUACAGGAAGCUAAGCCGUCUAAUCAAACUGUGAGAAAUAAAUUACUUAUGCAGACUACGCCUAGGAAGAAACGACCGGUCGAUCCGGUGGCUUCGUUGAACGCGUCGAUCAAGGCGAAGUCACAGCCGAGGACCCACGACGGGAAAUUCGCCAGAGACCCGAACAAGGAUUCACCGUCUCCUCAGAAGUCGCCGGAGAUCAAGUCUCCACAGCCGGUGGUUAAAGGGAAGAGCGAAGCUGGUCCAGAGUCGUCGGUGAUCAGAUCCAAGCUGAGGGCUACUUCGUCCAGGCUGAAGAACGGCGAUCAGUUGCCUAAACGGACUACUAGACUGUCCUCCGACAGUGACAAAAUGCCGACGCUGGAACCUGCCGUUCAGGCUUCCACCGUUGAAGCUAGCGAGACGCCCGCCAACGAUUUGCCCAUCCUGUCUCCGGUGACCAAUUCGGUAAAGGCUCCUCGCGGCAGGAGCACGGUCAGCAGAUGCUUGAACCUCGACACUCCUGAGAAGGACGAAAGCGAAGGGACAGAAUGGAACAGCGUACAGGAAGAGGACAAAGAACAGAAACAGGGUAAAGGUAGAAGACCGAAAGAGAAGAGCGGAGAGGUUGCCAUUAAGGAAAAAUUGAAGAGGAAGAGCGCGCCUGGAAGGAUCGAAGAAAAUAAGAAGAACGCCGAGGACGCGAAGAAGGAUAAAGGGAAAUUGGAGACGAGGAGCAGAUCAAGAUUGAGCAAUGUGAAGAGCGAGGAUGAUAUAAAGAUCGAGAAUGUCCCGUUCGAAGUGAAGAAAUUAAUUGGAUCGGACAGCAAGGAAGAUCUGAUGACAACUUUGGUGUUGAGUUCCAGAGUUGCCACGUCGAAAAGAUGUCUCAGGCAGCCGAUGUCUAAGUACAGACCUGAGGAGAGGGCGAGGGUAUCGGAGAAGAUGAAAAUCGAUUCUGGCUCGACGUCCGACGCGUCCACGAAGAAAGAGAAGUUCGACGCUAGGAGGAAAUCGUUGAGGAAAACUGAUAAGAGAUUUUCAGCGAGAAGUGAAAAAACUGUACCGGAAGAACCGAACAAGACGAAGGACGGUGCGAACGAGGUGAAGGCCGCGACUAGGAAACGCAGGAGCAGCAGCCUGUCCAACGACAACAAAUCUGCUUCGAACUCCAAUCAGUUAUCUACUGAUAGUCAAGCUAAGCCAGAAGCAGAUGUGACGGUCGAUAAGAGGCAAACCAGAGGCUCGUUGCCGAAUUCCACUGAAGAAGCUCAGAGCGAACCUACCGAGUUGUCUCUGAAGAAGAAUACCAUUGGGAAGAGACGAGGUCGAAUUAAAUUUAGUAACGACGUUGACAAGAAACACGAGACGAAGAACGAAGAGACUGAUAAGAGUUCCAUUGAUUGCGUCGACAAUGGAAAUUCUAAUGAGAAAGAUGCAUUACCGAAAAUCGAAGAUAAGCAAGAGAAAACCGACAAGUCUGAAGAGUCGAAGAUCUUCGAUCCUCCGAGGAGCAACGCGAGUCUGGCUAAUCUUCAAACGGAAACAGGUAAUUCCAUGGACAGUGGCAAGGAAAAUUCACUGGACACUCCUGCACCUGUUCAGAAAGGUAGGGUCGGCAGACCUCGAAAGUCCUGGGGAUCUCGAAAAGAGAAAGCGCCCAAGAGAUCGUUGAACAACGUGAUCGGCAUCCUCACCGAGGGCAAGAAUAUUCCGAUCGAGACUCAACAGAGUGUACUGGCGGUCCAAACGAGCUUGGAGAACGUGACUCCCGCUGAGUCUCUUCAGCAACCUGACGACAGCAACAGUAAAUCUCAAAAUACGGGUAAAAGCGUUAAGUCUCCGGAAAGUAACGUCUUGGAGGCGACGAAUGAAUUCGACGAGUUGGUCAAGGAAGCCGAUUGUGUUCAAAAGGUUCCCGAAGAGGAUUCACGGCAACCGGAAGUACCAGAGGUUUCCACCAAGGAACCGAACGUCGAGAAUCCUGUAGAAAAAUGUCAGAGGGUUGACUCCUCUCCUAAAAUCACCAAAGAACAAUCUCCGGCUAACGACAUCAUCCUAGAUUUGUCUAGGAGAAAGCAGAAAGGGAAGGGGUCGUUUCUGGAGAAGAUCGUUUCGAAAAUCGCCAAACAAAAGGAUGCGUUAUUGGAAGGUGAAGUAGGCUCUCUGUUAGACACGGCAGCUGAUGAACUCACGAGUAUUUUAGACGAAGUUGGUCCCGGCUUGACGGAACAAACCGAGAAUUCAGAUGAAACGAAGAAUAAUAUUCCUGAGCAGAUUCAAGACUGUAGCCAGGAAACUGUUAAGGAAAACGAAAGAAGUAAAAUUGAUCAGAAGUUAAUCUUGAAGGAGACAGAAGCACCUAAGGAAAUGUUGGACAACAGUUCUGAUCAAAAAGAAGAAAACGUUGAAAAUGUGAAAGAGGACUCUUCCAGUAAAACUAACGAGGAUACCAAAUUACCAAUCGUCGUUGAAACUUCCUUAGAAACUCAAACAGAAACUGAUAAUUUGAAGAACCACGAAGAAGUUGCUUCUACGGAAGCUGCGUCUGUCCCGGAAAACGUGGCAGAGCCUCCAGGAAAGAAUUUUUCUGAAUGUAUAGAAGAAGAAUCGGUGAACAAGGACCAAGAGACGAGAGUGAAGAGAAGGUCCAAGAAACGAUCGCUGGAAGGAAGCUCGCCGAAGUCUGGAAAAAGAAAACCUGUCGACUGCGAGGCGAAUACAGCCACGGAAGUUAAUCUAAUAGAGAAAUCAAAGAAAGUGCCUUCUAUCAAUGAAAACAGUUUGUCGCCUGAAGUUAGCGCGGAGAAAAGUGAAGAGGAAGCGAAGAACAAGGUUGUCGUCGAUGUCCAAGAAGAUUCGAGUGUAAAACCGAAAACUGACUCCCAAGAGAAUCUCGAACAACCAAACUCUGUCAACGAAGAUAAAAAGAAAGAUGAGAAUCAAGACAUCCAAGGAAACGCGGAAGAGAAGCAAACAGUUUCGAGGACACUAAGUGGGAAGAGGAAGUCUAUCGAAAAUUUGGACCAGGAAGUUGAAUCUGUACGAAGAUCGAAAAGAAAAUCGAUCGCAGAGGAAAAAACAGGUCAAUCGACGAAAGAAGGAGCAAUUUCAAAGGAGCCUGAUGCGAAGGAGUCGUCUGUCGAAGAAGCUAAAGGGUCGAGAAGAAGAUCUUCAAGAUUCCAAGUGAGAAAUGAAGAGAAAAAAGAAAUUGAGAAUGACCUUACUUCCAUUCCAACCGAAGAUCGGUUAUCAAAGGAGCAGAAUGAUAAAAGACGACGGAGUUCGAGGAGAUCGCGGAACGUCAGCCACGGUGGCGAUUUUCCCCAAGAGGAGGGAUGGAUCAGCGAUAGCGACGAGUCGAAGCCGUUGGAACCUGAAGAAGAAACGAAGGAUGAAGAUCCGCAGAAAACAGCUGUGGAAAUUGAAAGUAAAGAAGAGACCGUGAACGACGGAGAAAAGGAUUCUUCAAUUCAAACGCAAGAUGAAACGUUAUUAAAUGAAAAACCUACUGACGAUCCAGCAGCACUUCCAGAGAAAUCAAAAGAAAAUUCUAUAUUGGAGAACAAAGAAGAACUCGUUCAGAAUUCCUCGACGAACGAAAUAAAAGAACCUGAGAAGCCUGAAGAUGCUCCAGUUGUUCCGAAAGUGCCUAAGAAGCGUGGUAGAAAGAAGAAAUCCGAAAUGAUACAGGCUAUUUCUCAAGAUAAUUCCGAUUCUAAAAUAGCUGAUUCCCAACUUCCACCAAGAAGAUCUUUAAGAACAAGUAAAGCGAUCGAUGAGACUGAACAGCAAAACAAGAACUCUAAUGAUCUGAUCACCGGUUCUACUUUGGAACCGUUUAAGGUUCCGGAGGUAACAGAAGUUCUGCAGCUCACGAAGAAACGAACGCACAAGAGGAAGUCGAACGCUGACGAGCAUCCCGACACGCAAAACAAUUCAUCUUCCGUGGAAUCUCAAGCGACUGCUCCCGAGUGUCCAGAAGAUAAGGAGAAGGAAGAACCACCUGAGAUCCAGAAGGAUUCUGGAAAUGAUCUGUCAAGAUCAAGCUCAUCUGCAUCGUUGGAUCUGACUCAUCAGAGCGCGACGGUGCCGCUGAAUAAGAAGCAGCUCUCUUCCGAGGAUCUCGCGGCUCAAAGAGCUGAGAGCGUAGAUAACUUAUCAGAGAGUUCCUGCAUCAGCGAGUCCAGCUACUUCAGGACGAAACGCUUCUCCAAGAAGAGGAAACCUUUGCGCGAGACUGAAGGGAACGAAGACUCGGAAUCGGCCACCACAGAACAGGACGAUGACAAACAGCAGAGCAUCAAGAGAAAGUCUGACAGCUGCGGAUCCGUUAUCGAGACUCACUCGAAGCCAGAAAAUGCGGAGAAGAGGCGACGAAGUAUUAGGAGAAAGUUCGACGCUUUCUAUAAUGACGACUUGCUGGAUGAUAAGUUUUGUUCGCUCCAAGAGCAAGAGGAAACGCGAAGGAGUAGAAGGAGGAGGAGGGACGUUUUCUAUGGUGAUUUGGUUCUGCAACAGGAAGCCUGGGUCAAUGAUGACGAAUUGAAACUGGUCGAACGUUCCACUCCGAACAAGGAAGAAGAAGAGAAAACGAAAGAAGAUAAAGAGUCGGUCGAAGAUUCGAAAGAGAAACCCGUCGAAGAUGAAAAUGAAGAGGACGAAGAGGAAGAGUCGAACAAUGAAGAUGGCACGAGCUCGAAGGUGGAAAACGCGGAGAAGCGACGAAGCAUUAGGAAGAAGUUCGACGCAUUUUGCAAUGACGAAUUGCCGGAUGAUAAGCUUUGCUCGCUGCAAGAACAAGAAGAAACGCGAAGGAGUAGAAGAAAGAAGAGGGAUAUUUUCUACGGCGAUUUCGUUCUGCAACAGGAAGGCUGGGCAAACGAUGACGAGUUGAAACUGGCUGAACUGUCCACUCCGGACAAGCCCGAGGAGACUGAAAACAAAACGAAGGAAGAUAAAGAGUCGGUCGAAAGUUCGAAAGAGAAACCCGUCGACGAAAAUGAAGAUGACGAAGGAGAAGAGUCAAACAAUGAAGAUAGCACGAGCUCCAAGUUGGAAAACCUUUCACAAACUCAGGGCGAGUUUCAGACUCCGAAGAAGCGGGCAGCAGGCAAUUACGUGGUGGUUCAUAAGAAGACCGGAGAGAUUCUCAUCGUGGAGAAGAAGAAGAAGCUGACGAAGGAAGCUGCGCGAUUCUUCUGUCAAGUCUGUGCUACCAGUUUCACUAGGAAGAGCUCGCUGAAGAAACACAACCAGUCCCAGUCGCAUUUGGUUCAAAUGGCCAACUCUAAGAAAGACGAAACGUUCGUAGACGAUUGUAAUAUCAAUCAAAUCGAUAUUUCCAAUGAUGAAAAUCCAAAUCCUGACGAAUCGAUGAACGUAUCCUUGGAAUCCAAAAAUAAGACGGAGGAUGCUGACCCUUCAGCGUGUAUAAUUAAUGAAGAGUCUGUACACGAUGAUCCCUGCUACGACGAUUCAUUGGUACAGGAUUCCAUGGAAAAUUCUCAGAGUAAUCGGCAACUUACACUUGAAGAUCAAUUGCUGGAUGAAGAAAUCUGCAAGAUCACUGAGAACAUGAGCCACGAUGACUACGUUCUCACUGAUCACGUGAGUCCUGAACCUGAAUCGACAUCGACACCUAAAAUCGAAGUUCAGAAGGUGGAAAAGGUUGAUGAAAAGAAGGAAAAUAAAAAGAGUCUGAUCGACGAGGAGAUCAGUUUGGAAAGUUCCGAAUUGGAAAUUCCGAAUCCACCGUUGAUCAUCGUCGAGCCCAUCGUUUUGAGUCCAAAUAUGAAUAUAAAAAUCCCGAAUUUGGACGUGCCACAGUCGGAUUUGAUGAAGGAGGAUACUCUGAUAGACUCUGCGGUUUUAAAGACCAACGAAACUGAGUUAGAAGACAAAUUUUCCAAAUUACAAGACCUAGAAAUAGCUGUCUUAAACAAGGAAUUAGACAGUCAAGAAAAGACUGAAGAAGCUUCUCUUAAUUUAGAAACGAAGAAUGACGAAGAAACGCGUCAUGAACGGUUGAGUUUAAAAUUCACUAUAAAUAAACGUAGCAUAGAGCCUUGUAAAGAAAGCAGUGACGAAAUAAAUAACAGUUUUAGAUUAGAUUACUCAAGCACUUUUACGAAGGAACAUCAAAAUGAUAAUUGCGAUGGACAAGUCGAGUCUAGAAAUUGGGAAACUGUUCAAGAUUUGAACGAAUCAAAAGAACAAAGUCUUAAAGAAGAAACUGUAAAGGCGGACACUCCAGACCAGCAGGUUCUCACGGUGGACGAUAAAAUUGAAGAUAAACGGAAUGAAACCGUGAAAUCGACGCGAAGUGGGAAAUCCAAACGAGAGAGAAGAAGCAAGAAGCACGUUGAAGAAAUGGAAACCAUUCCUAUAAAUUUCUCCAAAUGUAAAGACAGUCAGGUUGAAUCACAGAUCGAUGAGUCUGCGAAGCCUGAAGUCACAGAAGAAAAAUCACCGGAAACACCAACCGUACCCUUGGCAAAUUAUAUUGAAGCCAAUCUAAAAGAAUUGGAAAAAGAGAUCGUACAAGAAUCCGAUGAUUUAGAAAUUGCAGAAGAGGAAGCUAUAAAAUCGUUGGAGGAAAUUCCUUCGGAACAGCUGAAGCAGGUGGAGCAGGUGCCUGAAGAAAAAAUUGUGGAAGAAUCGGAGAGUAAAAUAGAUUUCUGUUCUAUGGAGGAUGACGAAGUUUCAUCGUCUUCAAGUUUAGCAGACAAACCACUGUCGCAAUUAUUAUUAUUGGAAAGAGAAAAGGAACAGAAGUCCCCCAUGAACAUCCAAAUCGACGAGGACCCAAAACCUGAAGAGAAGCCGGAAGAAAAGAACAUUGAUUCUAUCGUGAAUGAAUUAAAUGACGAAAAAUUGGAUACGAAUCAUUCAACUGAUAACUCGAACCCUGAUGAAGAAUUGACUAAAGAAUUGGCGAGCAACGAAGAGGGAGACGAAGAAAUUUCAAAAGCGAUGGAAGCCUCUGAUAAGGAGUCGAAGGUUUCAUCGGAAUCAGAGACUAACGAAGUGUUGCCAUCGUUGAAGACUAUUUCCGACGAGACACAAGUGAAAGAGACCAGCAUUAGGCGAAAACCUAAUACGAGUUCGAGUAAAAAAGUGUCGAGGGGUCGUAAAUAUUCCAGCAAGGAUAAAAAAUCCAGAAGCAAGAAGACUAUCAGAAACAAAAUCGCUGAUUUAACAAGCGACAGCGAUGACAGUGAAAACGAAGAUCAGAACGAAUCUCAGAACAAGAGUAAGAUAGUGAAGAGCGUGUUUGGCAGAGUGUUUGGCAGCGAGAAGACAGACAAAGUCAAGGAAGUGUUGAACGACUGGGUAUCCAAGUCUGAAGACGAUUCGAGCGAACUUAGAGCCUCGAACUCGAACGACGUGAAGACUAAAGAAUACUCAGAGGAUAGAAACAAUAGGAAUGCAUCUUCGACUCCCAAGAGAGGGAGGCCAGGGAGGAAGAAAAAGAGUUCUUCCUUGGAUAGAACCAAAGAGAAGAGCCCGGCUCCUGAGUACCAAGAAGAACAUCGUUCCAAGCACAAGUCGAGCAACCGAAAGAAGCACGACGCAGACGCUUCUAACGGAUAUUACCUUCUUUCGGAUUCAGAUAAACGGCGUUCCUCGAGGCCUUGCAAAAAGAGGGCUGAAGAGAGGAUCUCCAUGUGGUUCGCUGAGGUAGAUCCAUGGACUGGGAAACCGCACGCGGCCAAAGACAGUGGCUACGGAUCCUUUAAUUACGACGAGGACUCAUCGAAACUGAUUGGUACAGAAGAUGACCAGAGAACCAAAAAGAGAAAGUCGUCAGGCUCGAGGAAGAGUAAAGACAACAAUGACGAGGACGAUUGGAAGGAUUCGGGUAAGAGAAUAAAGGAUACUGAAGAAUCUGACCACGAGGACAGUUUCGUUAAAGAUCUUUCUGAAAAAGAGCAAGGACUGUCCGUUGAUCUGGACUGCUCGCGAAGCUACAGCAGUUUAGGCUCGAUUAGCAUCGGAAACAGAUCGCCAAGUAUGGACAGACACUCUCAAAGUACUAAAGACUUGAACAUCGACGAAGCCGAGGAUGAAGACAUGGGACACACGUCUCCUUUGUUUGUCUGUGGUUCGUCCAAGAGUUCUUUAGGAAGCAGCACCAAUAGUGAGAACGAAGAAGAGGACGAGAAUAUUACUGUCAGCGAAGUUCCGUUCCGGAAGAGAAGCUCCAGCGAGUUCUCCGGGGAGAAGAUCGUGAUCAGGUCGCCCUCGUCGACUAACAAAAGUGAAGUGGUCACCAUCGCACCUACUGACGCGAUCGAGGACAACGCUUUGGACGUUCCACAGGAGAUAGGAACUGCUAAGCCUAGACAGGGCAAGGUUCUGAACUUUGACGAAGAGCUGUUCGUUGAGUGCUGCUCUAGACUGAAAGCUACGACGGAGAACGAGUUAAGGGGUGCUAAGAAAAUCAAAUUGGACCAUAGCGAAGGGUACCACAGGAAAGAUGAGCAGCAGCAGCAAGGGUUCAGGGGACCUAGAGACCGAUGGAGGGACGUCGAGAGCCAGAACAGCCUUGGGAGUCUACUAGAAUCCGUGAAUCAGUUACUCGGCGAAGAGAUGUACAGCAGGGAGAGGGAUUAUCCGAAGAGGGGCGGUAGGAAUCUGAGGAGCGAGCACUCCAGUAGGUCUGCGAGCCCGGACACGUCCAGGGCGGACAACCUGGGCUACGAGGACAGCCUGGACGUCGCGUUCGAGCACAACAAUAAACUCAGGGACAAGAUCCAACAACGGAUGCGCGAAAGCGAGAAUCUCAUAGCGAGCACCUUCGGCCAGAGGAACGAGCAUCCGUCGAAACACGAACAGGACCUCUUGAGAAACUCGUAUCUGCACGAUCAGCGCCAUUUAUCCGGCGCGAACAUGUCCAACGGCGGCUACAACGAGGCAUUGCACGUGAGGGAUCUCCAGGAACAGAGGAAUCUGGAUACAUCCGGAUUGAAAGGCAAGAUGAACUCUUCCUUGGGAGGUCUACUGGACAAGGCGUUGUCCAAUUUGCUGCACGGCAACGAGAAACACGAUCAUAUUGGAUCAACGCCGAUGAAGGUUCUCGCGGAGCUCGCUUGUGCCCGGGCCCCGACUUCCACGGUCGAGGACCCGGUAUCCCAGGACGUGGCGCAAGCUGCCAAGGCGUCUCUAAGUAAAGACACGAUUCUCGUCCCGAGUCCCAUAACAAUGCCCAAAGACCUUCAGAAAAAAUCCAGGAACCCGAUCAAGGAACUGUUCGAAAGGAAGAAGGAGAUGAACGACAGGAAACAGCAGGAGAAAUCGAAAUCCGAGGCGGCCCUCCGAGAACUGAACGUCCACAGGCAACGCAAGACCAAGAAAACCAAAAAACAUCAGGACUUCCCUCUGAUACGACGCAACGAGCUCGGCGGUUUAGCUGAGAAGAAGAAACGUCGUGACGGCGUUUUCGACAGGAAAGAAGAAUUAGACAGAAUUAAAGACGUUUACGAGUUUGACGAAGAAGAGAGUCAGAUUGAACCUAAACUGGGCAGCGUGUUGUCUUACAGGAGUAAAUCAGGAUGCGAGGUAACUUGUCUGAGAACUAAAGACGUAGAUAUGGCUGGUCUGAUGUCCAAGACUAUCGAAGAUACUUUGGAAAACGGGAAAGCUAGCGACCCUCUCAGUAGCAGACUGGAGUCUAUGAUCGACAGGAAGUUUAAGGAGCUGGAGAAGUUCGCUCCGAAGACGAAGGGCGCGUUGAAGUCUUUCCAGAGCGAGGAUCAGCAAAGGCGGGUCACCGGGCCGAUGGACGAGUUCGUGGAAAGAAAGCAACCGAAAGGGAAGAAGAUCAUAGAGCCAUUAAAGUUUUCGAAGCUGAAGAAGCGAAGCAAGAAUUCUAAGAAGAAGACUAGAAAUGCUUGGUACGAGAACGACAGCUCCGAUGAAUACAGGACUGUCGUGAAGACCGAGGAUGUCGGUGUCGGUAUAUCUAAGAGCCAGAGAACUUGCUCUAAAGGGAAACAAAAUAUUUUCGCGGAACUGUACACUUCGUCCGAAAGCGAGUUUGAGAACGAAGAUGUAGAAUCUAGAAGACAGAGGAAGAAGAAGAUCGCUAAGAAGACGACAGCAGGAGUGGAGAAUGCAGAGCAAAAUCAAGAAUUGGUGAAGUAUUCAUCCGAGAACGAGAACCACGACUGGAGAAGCGAAGAUUUGAAAGAUGCUGGGAGACAUGAUUGUGAUAACAAGAAAUCCGAGUCGGAGAUGUCGGAUCAUCCUCUGGUGAUCGAUGAAAGGAAGGACGUCGACGACCAGAGGAACAGCGACGACGAGACUCAGAACCAGUACGAGAGGAACUUCGAAAUGGACGAUUUAUACAGAGAAGACAGUUCCGAGUCGGACGUGGAAGAUCCGAUAACCGCGGAGCCAAGCAUGCCGGAAGAGCCCAGCGCGAGGAGUCCGAAUUUACCGCAGGAGAAGGGCGACGAGAAAACGGAAUACGAGAGCGAGUUGAUCCCAUUGGAAGAGGCCUUGGACCUGCUGGACCGGGCUGAAAACGAGACGUCGUUGAACUAUAGCAAGCCUGAGAACGUCGCUACGAUAACGGCGGAGCCUGAAAAGGAAACGUUCGAAGAGGCGAUAGAAAAAUCGCCUAGCCCUGUAGAACAAGAGGAAGAGCCUGACAAUGAUCUCUUAAGUUUGCCGGAGAAACUCUCCAGCAAUGAGAAACCACAGAAGGAGUCUGAGAAUUUGCCACUGCACGUGUUCUUGAGUAGAAAAGUGCAGGAGUCGAAGAAGAGGAAAGAGGAGCAGCUGAAGAAACUUCAGGAGGAGCAGGAGAGGAUAUUGAUGGAUCUCCAGCCCACGAGAAGGCAGAGGAAAUGCGCGAUCGGUAAGCAGGGACUGUUAGCAGAGAUAAGUAGCUCCGACGAAGAGAUUAGCCCGAGAGAGAGAAGGAGCAAUGAUCGAUUCGAUCAUGAGAAGCCGAAGAAGCAGAAGAGGGAGUCGAAGGAGAAGAGGAAAGAGAGGUACAUAGAGAAGAAGCAUGAGCAGAUGAUAGCGAAAGAGCAGAAGGCUAUUGAAGAGGAGAUCCUGAGGGAAGUUGGGAAGAAGAAAGAAUCUCUCGCGAAGGAAAGCGACGAACAAAAAGAAUAUGAGAACGCGGAGACGAAGGAGGACAGGGAACCGGCACAGAAGAAGAAACAUCAAACUAAAGAUAAGCAAAGGAGACAGAAUAAAGACGAAGUGCACGAUGAACAAAUGAACGAUCUCGAAAAUGAUUGUAACAAAUCCGUGCUGACGGAAACCAACCACGACAGCGAGAGUAAUCAAGAAUCUUCUGUUAAACCGAAGAAGCAUUCGAAAUCCCCGAUGAAACCCAAAAAGAUUCCAAAGUCUGAGGUGAAGAUCACAGCAGUGACUAAGAGGAGCAAAAAUUCAGGCGAAAAGAGACACAAGGCGGAAUCGAGAGGGUCGAGGGAUAAGGAGCGAAGAUCCUCUAGCGCGAAGCGUGAUUCCGAUGAUGAAGAAUUGAAAACGACGAAAUCUUGGAACAAAGUCGAAGAAGGCGUCGGCGUGGCCAUUGGCAGGCGCAAAAGGGCAGCCGUUAAUCAAUUGUACUAUUGGUCCAGCUCUAGCGACGAGGAGGAGAUGAUGGAAGUGGUGCCCGCGGUGGAAGAAGAGGAGGACGACCGCCAGGAGCAACACGGUUGGAUCGUCGGUGAUUCCCAUAAGAGGAUGAUCACCAUGUUGGCCAUGGAGAAGCAACUGAAGGAGAAGCGACGGAGAAGCGAAGACGAGUUCGAGCCCGGGAGGGCUAAGAGCAAAAAGCAUAGAAACAGCACCUCUUGAUACGUGUUUCACGACUAGGCUCGACGAGAAUGAUAUUCUAUGACGAAAGCUGCUUGAUCAGCUCUAGCCGACUAGAGGUACGUGCCGAGUCCGUUUAAGGUCGGCACAGCUGGAGCGGCAGGACUGUAAUUCGUAAUACGUUUUAUAAGUAGAAGCAGUAAAAGUAUAACUAGAAGCGACUGAGAAAAGUGCAUUGUUCUAUCUUAAGAUCAGGAUUAUAAUAUUUAGAGCUGAAGCGAGAGAAGAAAUGUUUUGAUACGCAUUUCUGGACUAGCUAAGAAGAGUACGCGAUUCUUGUUUAUGAACUGCAGGAUUAGGGACGAGACUUUUCUAACCCGGAGAAAUAGCGUACAGAUUUUUUGAUACUAGUCUUAAACGAAGAUGAACGAGAGGAGGAUUUGUUAAAGUAGCUGGAGGAACGUUGCCGUCAGCGAUACGGCUAAGUUUACGAAGUGCGUGAACAGUUUUAGGAUUAGGGAAGAGAGAGACUGUAAUCUAGAUGAUUCAUUUAAUUGUUAAUUGCUCGUAAGUUCGUUCGUGUUUUUUCUGUUUUUCUCUCCGAGUAUACGAGACACUCAGAUUUAGUUAUCAUUAUACUUCGUUUUCUAUUUUAACUGAUUUAUAGUCGAGGCAGUUCGUAGUCGUUAGAAAAUGCCCCGUUACGUUCUAUCCAUAAAUCGUUUACUCGAUCCAUCACGGAGGUAACGCGAUCUACUGCCAGAAGAAAUUCGAUUUCUUUCGGUGAAACGUUAAAAUCGUUCAACGCGUAUAUCGGAUUGCACGAUGGAACCGGAUACGUCGUUAUCGUGCACGUCGUACGGGAAUAUAAAAAAUGGCAACCUGUACAUAGCAGCAGUUUGGCAUUGAAAUACUAAAAAGAAGAAAACAGCUAGCUCGUAUUACGUUAAGAAUAUAAUUCCAAGCCGUUAUAAAUAUUAUAAAUAUAAUCUUAGACUGAAUGUGAGAAAACUAGCGGACAUUGAAUGAAAUAACGACAACAAAAUAAAAGUAUAUAUAUAAAUAUAUAUAUAUGAGCACCUUUAGACAAUACUAGAGUCAUUUGUAACGUUUUAGUUUACUCGUAGCGAAUCUUUAGGCGAAGUUAAGGAUAAAAAAAAAAAAUUAUAGAAAAAGAAAAAAUGCAAAAAAUUGAAGACGGGUGAGAGACGGGGGGCGUCAGUUAAAUUUAAUUUCUGUAAAAGGACGAUGUAAACUGGGGUCCAAUCGAGUAGCGUGCUUUCGCCGGCUUUUUGUGAUUCGUACAUAUCGCGUGAACGGGGAGAUGCUGCCGGCUGUUUUUGCCCGGCAAAUGAAUUUUUCAUAGAAGUCGCUUUAGCGCAGUUAGUUUAAUUAAUUAAUUAAUUCUUGUUCGUUAAUUUCCUCUGACGCGUUCGAAUGUUCGUUUCCUUUUCCCUAGAUCUCAUAUCGUGGCAUUAACGAUUUUGCCACGUAAAUUAAGAACGUGAAGCUUAUUAACGAUGAAGGAACGAUAGACAAGAGGAAUUCCUUUCGUACGCCUAGUUGAUGCACAUAAUUCUAACUACCGUAGACUUUCAUAUGGUAAAAUUAUAUAAAUAUAUAAAUAUCCGAGACAAAAAAAUGAUCUAUAUAUAUAUAUAUAUAUAUGAAUUAAGAGCGAGAUGAUAAUUGAAUGUAAACGAGACGAAGGAAUAGACUUUAAUGUAAAUGUACUGCCAUAAUCAUUUAUUAUACGAGAGCCUACGCGAGUAUAGAGUAUAUUAAUUAUUCGAAUUCCUGUAAAGACGAACAACCGGGGAUGAGAAUGCAACAGCGACAACAAGAAUAUGGUUUAGCACAAAAACAUAACUUAGGCAACAAUCCGAUUGUAAAUAGAGCAUAUUUUCAAUGUGUCUGGAAAAGUAUGUUUUGUAAUAUAAGGAUUGCAAAGGAAAAAUAAAAUUAUUGAAGAAUCAA